UAGUCAGUCAUCUGAUGCGCUUGUCCACAGCCCGCGCUAAUUUUGAUCGAUGUCAUGUCGUCUAACUCUAAUUUGACAAGCAUGCGCCGCAUUGUUGAGCAGCUGAAAUUUGAAGCCAACGUAGAGCGAAUCAAGGUGUCGCAGGCCGCAGCUGAGCUCCAGCAGUAUUGUCUUCAGAAUGCCAGUAAAGAUGCCCUCCUGGUUGGGGUGCCAACUGGCAGUAACCCAUUCAGAGACCCACGCUCCUGUGCUCUUCUCUAGACACAAGGAAAAUGUCCCAAGUGUGAAAUUUUGGAUAUAAGGAGAUGAAGAAGAAGUAAAAACAGAAGUGAACUUCCUAUCAGCUUUUUACUUUAUUUAUUUACACCAUGUGGAAAUCUUUUUUCCAACACUGAAAAUCCAGAUGCAUCUCUCAACAAAACAGCACAUGGAUAGAAUCCAGAGACCGAAGGCAGUAGAACUGACUCUUUUUCUGUCUGACAUUAAAUAUUGAGCAUAGUUGCACCUACAUUUUUUCCCAUCUUGGAUGUUCUGUCUCAUUCUGUUUAACUUCCUUAUUUAAACAUCUCCAUUUAGCAUUGACUUAUUCCUGGAAAAUGAGA